CCCAUCUGACGCUCGGUUGCGCCGCGCCGAAAGCUCUCCUCUGGAACUGUGAACGCUAUCACACCGCGCGGGCUGGACCGAGCAGGGCCGCCGCAGCUGCGUUUGGAAGUUUCUGGAAAGUUCGCUGAAAAGCGAUAUGGUCGCGAGGACUAAAAUAGUGUCGACUCUCGAUUACCGACAGUGACUGGACUGACACCACGUACUAGCGGGUUUGUUUAUUUGUUUAUCUGACCUGAACACACCGUGCUCGGCGUACGGACCGGAGACCAGGAUGGCUGUCGUGGGCUUUGAUGUGGUUUUUCAGAAUCGCUGUAUUGCUGUGGUCAAAAGCGGAGGAAUUGAGACCGUGUCCAAUGAAUUUACAGACAGAUGCACGCCAGCUGUUGUGUCAUUUAAUUCAAAGAACAGAAGCAUUGGUAAUGCUGCAAAAAAACAGAUGAUAACCAAUACUGCGAGCACAGUCUCUCAUUUUAAGAGACUGCAUGGCAGAUUGUUUCAAGAUCAUUCUGUGCAAGCAGAGAAGGCUAGUUUACCAUAUGACCUGGUACCACUAAAUGAUGGGAAGGUUGGAAUCAAGGUCAUGUACCUUGACCAGGAGCACCAUUUCCGCAUCGAGCAGGUCACGGCUAUGUUGUUGACCAAACUGAAAGACAUUGCAGAAGCUAAUCUGCAGAAGAAAGUGGUGGAGUGUGUCAUCUCUAUCCCCUCAUUCUUCACUGAUUCAGAAAGGACGUCUGUGCUGGAUGCUGCCAAGAUUGCCAGCUUGAACUGCCUGAAGCUAAUGAAUGACAGCACUGCAGUGGCAUUAAACUAUGGCAUAUACAAGAAAGAUCUUCCAGGCUGUGAUGAGAAUCCAAAAAUUGUGGCAUUUGUGGACAUGGGCCACUCAGCUCUCCAGGUGCUGUCGACCGCCUUUGAUCCUUAUUUGGGAUGGAAAGACUUUGAUCAGAGGCUGGUGGAAUACUUCUGUGCUGAAUAUAAGUCUAGGUACAAGAUGGAUGUGAAGUCCAAGGCUCGAGCUAUGUUGCGACUGACACAAGAAUGUGAGAAACUCAAAAAACUGAUGAGCAGCAACUCCACAGACAUUCUCCUCAACAUUGAGUGCUUUAUGUACGAUAAAGACGUAUGUGGGAAAAUGAACAGGACCAUCAGGCAUUUUCUGAGCUUUUAAAUGGCACAGAGAACUGGCUGUACGAAGAGGGAGCAGACCAAGAU